UAAAAAUUCCCCCAAAUAAAAAUAAAAAGAAACAAAAACCAAAUCUUUCUUCUCUUCUUCUUCUUCUUCCUCUUUACCAUACUCUUCCUCCUUCCCCACAUUAUCAUGGCGAUAAUGAACAAAGAAGAGAAAAAGACAGAGAACAAGAGGAUCAACGAGAUCGAUGACUCACACGAAAACGAAGAGUUGGAGAACAAGAAGAUGGAUAUGUUCUUUAGUCUGAUCAAAAACUAUCGAGAGGCCAAGAAACGAAGACGACAAGAGUUAACUCAAGAUUCCGGCGACGUUGCUUCGAUUCCGGCCAAGAGAUCCGACUCCGGCAUUGUUCCUGUUUUUCGUCCCGAAGAUUUCUCUCACUGUGUUGAUUUAAACUUAAAGCCAUCAUCGAAUUCGAUUAUCCCUACCAACAAGAAUCAAGAACUGGACAAGGAAGAAGAAGAACAAGCAGAACAAGACCAAGAAGAAGAAGCAGAGAAGGAGAUAAGAGAAGAUAAUGGUUUGGAUCUUAAUGAUGGUUUAUUAGAUAAUGGUUUAGAUCUUAAUCUUGCAUUGUAAUAGUAAUACACUCUGUUUCUGGUUCUGUUUUCGUGAAUAAGAAACAAAUACUUUCUUAGUUA